AUGCUCACUCUCGCUGAGGUCCUCAAAAGAUUGUUGCAAAGAGAUCAGCUCUCUUCAGCCCAGGUGAAUGAUGCCCUGCAGUGCCUCUGGGAGAUAAAUGCUUACGACCAGAACGUGCUCAGUGCCAUUGCAUCAACUUUCAAGGGCAAACUUGCUACCUUGGAGCCGAUCUACAGACAGACCUGGCGAGAAAUCUUCGAGGGUUUCAAGCACGACAGAGACAAGGAUUUUCGACAGCUGUUGGAAACCCCUCCCCUGACAGCAGUGCAGCCUUCAGAGUUUGAGUUCUUUUGA